ACAUCCUUGUAGCAAGGACAAAAUCAGGUGUCAAACCAAAUAGAAAAUUUCAGAACCGUGUACGAAAACUACUUUUCUAUUUGCACAAGGAAACACUUUGCCAAAGUUUUCAAAAGUAAACAAAUUAAUAAAAACAAAUACGAUGUCAUGAAUGAUUAUAAACAAGAAUGCAAAGCAGACAAUUCUGUUAGUGCUGAGCAAAGAGUUGCGGAGGUCUCGACUCUUACAUGAUUCAUUCAAAGCUUCACUUUUUCUCGACUCAAGUAAAGCAGAGUGUGUUCUUACAAUGAUAGUAAGUGGAAAUAGAACAGUGAAGUUUAUAAGUUAUGACUGUAAAAAUUACAAGUUAAUACAAGUGCAAAGAACUGUUUUUUUCACUGGAUUUAAGUGUCUGUAGGGAAAUUUGAAAUUCAAAAUGAGUAAAGAAAAAAGCAUUCCUGUUACGAUUUCUGAAUCUGCUGAGAUCAAAAAUGAUCACAAAGAAGAGCCGGAAGAUAAGAAACACAAAAAAUUUACCUGCAAACAAAAAGUAGCUUUAGUAAUGUUAGCAACAGUGGAUUUUAUGAGUUUUUGUUCAAUGUCGAUAAUGGCACCUUUCUACCCUCAAGAAGCAGCGACUAAAGGGAUGUCAGAAUCAAUGGCAGGGUUUGUUUUCGGUUUUUACGCACUUGUUGUAUUUUUGUCUUCACCAGUAUUUGGUAAAAUUUUACCUAAAAUAGGAUUGAAAUGUUUAUUUACCGGAGGAGUAUUAAUAUCAGGAAUAUGUAGUUUAGUUUUUGGAACCUUACAUAUCAUUGAUGAUUAUACACUAUUUACGACAUUUUCGUUUCUGAUAAGAGGUUUGGAAGCAUUGGGGGCUAGCGCUUACUCUACUGCUAGUUACGUUAUUAUUGUAAAUAUUUUCCCCGACAAUGCGGGAGCCGUAAGGGGCCUUUUGGAAACAUUUGUCGGUUUGGGAAUGAGUGUAGGGCCGGCUCUUGGAGGCCUGCUUUUUGCGAUCGGAGGUUUUGGUCUACCAUUCUACGUAAUUGGUUUAAUUAUUAUUCUGAUAGCCCCACUCAACGUGUAUCUUUUACCUUCGGCCGAAAGAUGUGCUGUGGAGACAAAGAGCGGUUCUUUUACCAAACUUUUGAAACUAACUCCUGUAAUAGUAACAUGUUUUAUAAUAACGGUCAUUGCUAUGACUUGGAGUUUUCUGGAUCCAACUCUAGAACCACAUUUGCGAAAGUUCAAAUUAAGUCCAGGCAAUAUUGGACUUAUUUUUCUUCUUUUGUCGGCAAUGUAUGGAAUUUUCAGUCCUGCAUGGGGAUGGGUGACCGACAGACUUGAUAAUUAUUGGUGGUUAAUGACUUGUGGACUAUUUUCUAACUCUGUCAGUUUACUACUGUUGGGCCCCUCUCCUAUUCUGUCAUUUCUAGAAGAUUCAAUUUGGCUAAACAUCGUGGCUUUAUCAACGUUAGGGAUAUCAGUAGCAAUGGCUUUGAUGCCCACAUAUCAAGCAAUCUUGGAUAGUGCCCUUGUUGGAGGUUUUGAAGACAAUUUGGGGACUCACAGCGUAAUUGCCGGUCUUUGGUCGUGUGUAUAUUCUCUGGGUGAAGUCCUCGGGCCUAUAAUAGGGGGAACACUUCUUCAAAAUUACGGAUUUUCCUUAACUUCGACUGUGUUUUCGUUGUUGAAUCUAAUAAUGGCUACGUUGGGAACGAUGUAUUUUAUACUUAGGCGAAAGUCCAAUAAGGAUCGCAACAUAUUUCUUGAUCAAACUGGUUUCCAAAAAUACAGACAAAAAAAUGCUGAAAUUAUUUUAGCAACUAAAUUGGAAAAUGGUGAGAACGGAGGAUGGAUUGCAAAACUGAAAUACGAGAAUGGAUACGAAAACAAUGUGACAACGCACAGUUUCGUUAUCGCAACUUGGACAUUUAUGUUUUCUUUGGGCGAAAUUUUGGGACCGACUAUAGGAAUUCUCCUUUAUAGAAAAUACGAUUUUUAUGUCGUUUGCUGGUUCAUAGCGACUCUCAACAUUUUGGUGGGUCUACUCUUUGUUUUAAAGGUCACACGAGUUGUGUCGUAUGUGGCUGAAAAAUUGCGAAAAAUGAAGUACAGUGAUCUACCAUCACCAGAAAGCCCCGAUUCUAGUAAAAGCAGUUUCAACAUUUCCUCGUCAACGGAUGGUAACCGUCCACGGAAUCGGAGCAAAUCCCUUUCCAACAUUUCUCCCGAUAAUUAUUCUCCGGGAGAAAUCCAUCGAAUCAAGGAGAGAUUAUUAAGGACGAACUCACGACUGGAAAGAUCUACCUUCAAAAGUUUCACUCGAAAACAAAAACUCACUUUAACUUCCUUAGCUUUAGUCGAUUUUAUCAGUUUUUGUUCAAUGUCCAUCAUGGCACCGUUUUUCCCAAGGGAGGCUGCAGAAAAGGGUUUGUCGGAUACAGUGUCAGGGUUUAUUUUUAGCUUCUACGCUUUAGUCAUGUUUCUGACUUCACCAAUUUUUGGAAAAAUUCUUCCGAAAUUUGGUGCAAAAGGACUUUUCUUGUCAGGGAUGUUUAUGGCGGGCAUUUGUAAUUUACUCUUUGCAACUCUUGAAUAUGUCAAAAAUUACACACUAUUUACGACGUGUUGUAUUGUGAUUAGAGGGUUUGAGGCCCUUGGUGCUAGUGCUUUUUCGACAGCAAGUUACGUCUUUGUAGUCAACACUUUUCCUCAAAAUAUUGGAUCUGUUUUGGGCAUUUUGGAAACUUUUGUAGGCCUAGGAAUGAGUACAGGCCCGGCUUUAGGCGGCGUUCUUUAUUCGUUAGGCGGUUUUAGUAUGCCAUUUUUCGUUUUAGGAAUUGUUAUGGUACUUUUUGUUCCACUAAACCUGUGGAUGUUACCAAAAAUUGAAGACUGUAAUGUUUCAAAUAGACCACCAUCUAUCUGUAGACUGAUUCGAGUACCAACAGUUGUAAUAACAGGACUGGUGGUAGUAAUCGUGUCCAGCUCUUGGGCUUUUCUCGACCCAACCUUGGAGCCCCAUUUAAGACAGUUUAAUCUAACUCCUGAAAAAAUAGGGUUGAUAUUUUUGUUAUUUUCUGGACUUUAUGGUGUUUCAAGCCCAGCUUGGGGAUGGCUUGCCGAUAAAGUCAAUAACCAUUGGUCGAUGAUGGUUGUUGGGUUAUUCAUGUGUACCAUUGGGUUAUUAUUGCUAGGUCCAUGUCCCUAUAUUCCAUUUCUGAAGAGCACACUAUGGCUAAAUUUAGUAGCCCUAUCAAUACUCGGAAUCUCGGUGGCUUUAGCACUACUACCAACAUUUCAAGGCCUUCUCAGUAGUGCGAUAAAUAGCGGUUGUGGCGAUACUCUUUCGACUUACAGUGUCAUCGCAGGAGUUUGGUCUUGUGUUUACUCCUUGGGGGAGGUUGUAGGUCCCUCCUUGGGGGGCUUUCUGUUACAGCACUAUGGAUUUCCCAUUACAUCUACAAUAAUGGCCAGUAUGACUUUUGGUUUGGCUGUGAUAACAUUUUUCUUUUUUGUAUUAAAAAAUAGUAACUGUAAUGAUCAAGACUGCGUGUCUGAUAGUGGUAUUAGUGGAUCUUGGAGGGGUAUACCUAGUGACAGUGAUUCCUCUGAAACCACCCCAUUAAUUUUAUCCAGUAUAGAGUGUAAUUAUAGAUCAUAUACUGAAGGAAAGUUGCAGUAUUAUGAACAAAGCAGGAGGCAUGAUAGUCAGAUGGGAGAAAUCGACAGCAACCAAGUAACUGACGUUAGAGGAACUGUUAAUAUAACUGCAAGAGGUGCUUGUGAAGUUUAAAAUGUAGAUUGUGGGUUACUUAUAUUUUUUUACCAAUCUUACAAUUAAUUGUUUUAAAUUAGACUCUUUUAAAUAAAAGUAAAUAAUUUA